GGUUUCCUCACCGUAAAUGCUUGUGAACCGGUGAAGCUGCACCCCCCUCAAAAAGACGGACAUCCCCUCAAGUGAGCUGUAGUGUUUGUGGACGCAUUUAUAUCGGGUUCAUAGUGACGCAAUGCACGCAGACUCCUGCGAGUUCCCCUAAGUUCUUAGCGGACUGCUUUGCCUUUUGAAUCAGAGAGUUGCAAAGUUCGAUAAAGAAUGGCCCUUGUGGAUAAGCACAGAGUCAAGCGACAGCGAUUGGACAGAAUUUGUGAAGGUAUCCGCCCCCAGAUCAUGAACGGCCCCCUGCACCCCCGCCCCCUCGUGGCACUGCUGGAUGGCAGAGACUGUACUGUGGAAAUGCCCAUCCUGAAGGACCUGGCCACUGUGGCCUUCUGCGAUGCACAGUCCACUCAGGAAAUCCAUGAGAAGGUAUUGAAUGAGGCUGUGGGUGCCAUGAUGUACCACACUAUCACCCUCACCAGGGAAGACCUGGAAAAGUUCAAGGCUCUGCGAGUGAUCGUGCGAAUUGGCAGUGGUUAUGAUAACGUGGACAUCAAGGCUGCUGGUGAGCUCGGGAUCGCUGUUUGCAACAUCCCGUCCGCUGCAGUGGAGGAGACAGCCGAUUCCACCGUCUGCCACAUCCUCAAUCUGUACCGGCGAAACACGUGGCUAUACCAAGCCCUACGAGAAGGCACACGGGUACAAAGUGUGGAACAGAUCCGUGAGGUUGCCUCAGGAGCUGCUCGCAUCCGAGGGGAAACACUGGGCCUCAUCGGCUUUGGUCGCACAGGGCAGGCAGUUGCAGUUCGAGCCAAGGCCUUUGGAUUCAGCGUCAUAUUUUAUGACCCCUACUUACAGGAUGGGAUAGAGCGGUCUCCGGGCGUGCAAAGGGUCUACACUCUGCAGGACUUGCUGUAUCAGAGCGACUGUGUCUCCCUGCACUGCAACCUGAAUGAGCAUAACCACCACCUCAUCAACGACUUCACUAUUAAGCAGAUGAGGCAAGGAGCAUUCCUUGUGAACGCAGCCCGAGGAGGUUUGGUGGAUGAGAAAGCCUUAGCUCAGGCCCUCAAAGAGGGAAGGAUACGAGGAGCAGCCCUCGAUGUGCACGAAUCUGAGCCCUUUAGCUUCGCUCAGGGCCCGUUGAAAGACGCACCAAAUCUCAUCUGCACGCCACACACAGCCUGGUACAGUGAACAAGCAUCACUAGAGAUGAGGGAAGCAGCAGCCACUGAGAUCCGCCAAGCAAUCACAGGUCGCAUCCCAGAAAGCUUGCGAAACUGUGUCAACAAAGAAUUCUUCGUUACUUCAGCUCCUUGGUCAGUCAUUGACCAGCAAGCAAUUCAUCCCGAGCUCAAUGGUGCCACAUACAGGUAUCCACCAGGCAUCGUUGGGGUGGCUCCAGGAGGGCUUCCUGCAGCAAUGGAAGGGAUCAUCCCUGGAGACAUCCCGGUGACUCACAACCUCCCCACAGUGGCACAUCCUUCCCAAGCUCCCUCCCCCAAUCAGCCCACAAAACAUGGGGACAAUCAGGAGCACCCCAACGAGCAAUAG